AUGGCCAUCGAACUCGACAACUCCACUACCACCACCACCCCCGACCCCGGCUCCGACCACCCCCUCAGCAGCAACAACAACAACAACACCCCAACUUACGACAACAACAACGACCCCCCCUCCCUCCUCACAGCAGCGCACACAAUCCUAACAACGCACUUUCUCCCCCCCGAAACCCAAUCCACCCUUUUAAAAACAAUCCUCACCCACCCCUACUGGACGACCUUCCUCCUCGCGCAGUUCCUCUGCUCCGUCAUCCCCAUCGCGCUCUUUCUCCUCGGCGCCGUCGUCGCUGCUUCUGUCGCUGUCACCGCUUUCACCUGUCUUGCUGGGCUGGUGCUGAUCCCCGUGCUCAUUGGGACGACUGUGCUUGGCGUAGGGGCUUGGGGGUGUGGGUGGGUGGUUAUCAUGCUUGGGAGGUGGGCGUGGGGGGCGUUUGUUGUGAAUGGUAAUGUGUCGGUCUAUAGCUCGCUUGAUGAGCUUAGUCGCUCUGGUGUGGUUAAGAAGGAGAAGGAAGGGGAUGGUGGGGUUUAUGGGAAUGGGGUGCAGAAUGGGAAGGAUAAGGAUGGGGGGAAUUGA